AUGAGGCUGCCCCUCGUCGUCGUCGUCGUCGCGGCCGCCGCCUCGGCUCUGGACCUCGGCCAGGGCUGGCGCGUCUCCCUCGACGGCGACACCAUCACCGCGCGGCGCCGCGGCGUGCCCGGCCUCGAGGCGCUCGCCGUGACGUUCUCCGUGGGCUACCUCUCCGGCGGCGGACCCACGACGCUCCCUAACCCCAUCGGCUUCACCGCAGCAAAAUUCACCGCCGACCUCGACGCGCCGCUCGGUAACCUCACGCUCCGCACCACGGCGGCGGGCGCCGAGGCCUCCGGCGCGUUCUGCGAGUCGCGCCGGAGCGCGCACUGCGAGGUCGUCUCGUGCGCGAGCGUCGACUACUGGGACGCCGCCGCCGCGCCGUCCUCCUGCCUCGGCGGCGCCGUCGCGCUGAGCGUGGACGCCGCGGGCCGCCUCAGCGCCGUCGCGUCGCUCGCGCCGUCGGCCGCGGCCGCGCCGUCGCGGGCCGUCGUCGGCCGCCUCGCGCUGACGACGGCCUCGGCGCCGGACGAGAUGCUCGUCGGCUUCGGGAACCAGCCGUCCAAGCUCGACCUCAAGAACAGCUCCUUCGACGUCGUGUCCCAGGAGAACGGCAUCGGCCGCGGCGACGAGCCCAUCUCGGCGCUCGUCGGCGCCGGCGCGGCGGGCGCGGCCGGGAGCCCGCUCACGACCUACAGCGCGGUGCCGCUCUGGCUGUCGUCGCGGGGGUCCGCCUUCCUGCUCAACGACACGCGCGCGCUCCGCGUCGAGUCGACGGCGACCGCGACGGCCGUCGCCGCGCUCGGCGCGUGCGGCGACGGCGACACCCCGUUCCGGCCCGCGGCGCUCGCGGUCGCGACGCCCGAGCGCGCGACCUGGGCGGCGCUCCAGCGCGAGGCGCGGGCCAUGGCCGGCGGGGACGCCCCGGACGUGCCCGCCUGGGCGACGGGCGGGCUCGUCGCGGGCAUGAUGGGCGGCUCGGCCGCGGUCCGGAGGAACGUCGCCGCGCUCCGCGGCGCGGGCGUGGCCGUCGCGGCGGUGUGGCUCCAGGACUGGAGCGGCCAAAGCGCGGACAACGGGGGCGGCCGCGUGCUCUUCGACUGGCAGCCCGACGGCUGCCUCUACCCGGACUGGCGCGGCCUCGUCGACGAGCUCGCCGCGGCGUCGAUCCGCGUGCUGACCUACGCGUCGCCGUUCCUGACGACCGCGGCCGUGGACGGCCAACCCUGCCGCGCGAACCGGACGUCGCUCUACGCCCACGCGCGCGACCGCGGCUACCUCGUCGCGGGCGACGACGGAAAACCGCUCCUCGCGCGCGAGGAGGUCCUGUCGACCGCGGCGACGGUCGACUUCACGAACCCGGCCGCGGCGGCCUGGUUCCGCGGCAUCCUCGCCUGCCAGGUGCUGGGCCGCCGGGACGCGUGCGACCCGGCGAGCCCCUUGCCGCCGCCGCCGCCGAACGCGACGGCCGUCGCGGGCUUCAUGGCGGACUUUGGCGAGCACCUGCCCCUCGUCGGCGCCCACCUGCACUCCGGCGCGGACCCGCUGGCCUACCACAACCAGAUGCCCGACGACUGGGCGCGGCUCACGCGGUCCGCCGCGGUCGGGAGCGACGCGCUCGUCUUCCACCGGUCGGGCGCGCCGCGGACGCUCGAGAGCGCGGGCCUCUUCUGGGCCGGCGACCAGGAGCAGAGCUGGCAGAAGAACGACGGCUUCGCCUCGCUGCCGCGGACCUACGUGUCCUCGGGCCUCGCGGGCUGGACGCAGCACAGCGACGUCGGCGGCAUGAUCUUCUGCGAGACGGCCUGGCUCUGCGAGCGCACGGACGAGCUCCUCGCGCGCUGGCUCGAGCUCAGCGCCGUCGUCGACCCCGUGCUCCGAUCCCACCCGUCGAACGGCAACGACCGCGUGCCCCAGCCCUGGUCCGACGGAUCCAACCUCGCCGCGACGCGCCGCGCGGUCGCGAUCCACGUCGCGCUCCGCGGCUACAAGCGCGCGCUACUCGCCGCCGCGGCCCGGGGGGGACCGCCCGUCGUCCGCCACGCCUACCACGCGUGCGCGACGGACGCGCUGCCGUCGGACCGCUUCGACGCGCUCGGCGGCGCGCAGCUCAUGCUCGGCGACGACGUCCUCGUCGUCCCCGUCCUCGCCGCGGGCGCGAAAACCGUCAACGCGACCGUCCCGCCGCCCUGCGCGGGGCCGGGCGCCUGGGUGCGCGUCUGGGACCCGGAGACCCCGCUCGCGCCGGGCGCCGCCGUCGAGCUGCCCGCGCCCCUGGGCAUGCCCGCGAUCCUCGCGCGCAACGGCACGGCCGCCGCCGCCGCGCUCGUCGCCGCGGCCGCCGCGCUCGGGCCCGCGUGGCUUCCACCCUGCUCCGACGCUCCCGCCAUGGCCGCCUGGUCGUCGACGCUGAACAAGCUCGCGGGCCUGCGCGACGACAUGCGGCGGAGCCUGAGCGUGAGCUCCAAGCCGCCGGCGCUCAAGGUGACGAACGCGCGCUACCGCUUCGAGCACUACUGCACGGCGAAGCACCUCUGGGAGGGCUACGACGCCGCGGCGAACGACCGCAUCGCGCGCGCCUUCGCCGCGGCGCCGGCCGGCGGCGCCGUCGCGCUGGAGGGAGUGCCCUUCGAGGUGCGCUGGGGCGACGCCGCGAAAUCCGGCAAGCUCGCGCGGCGGCCCUCAGGGCAGCACAAGAGUGAUUCAACGCGGCCCUACUCGGGCGUGAUCCAGGUCAACGUGACCACGGAGAACACGCGCCUCGUGCGGCGCUGCCGCCUGGCGACGGUCGAGGGCGCCGCGGGCGUCGACGCGGACGUCGUGCUCGAGGCCGGGCUCGAGGCGGUGGAACGCGACGACGGCGCCUUCGACGGGUCGCUGCCCGCGGGCCGGCCCUUCCUCGAGGUCGGCGGCCGGCGCGUCGACGUCGAGGACCUCGCGGGCGCCGACGUCGUGGACGUGGUCCUCGAGCUCGUCGUCGCGGCGCCCGCGCCGACGCCGCGGCCGCGGUCCGAACCGAGGGUGUCCCGGAACGCCGCGCGGACGCUCAUGGUCGCGACGAUGAACAUGGGCGGCGCGAACGUCGACGGCGACGAGCUCCACCACUGGCUCCGGGGCGGCGCGACUCGAGACGGCGCGCCGGCGUCCCUCGUGGUCGUCGGCGCGCAGGAGGCGGGCUCGGUCGGCGCGCUCGAGGAGUCGGUGGACGCGCACCUCAAAGACCACGCGCGCGUCGACCUCGACAGGACGUCGGCGGGGCGCGUGGGCCUGUGCCUGCUCGUCUACGUCGCCCGGUGCGAGGCGACGCGGCUCGUCGGGGCGGCAAAAGUCGACUACGCGAACCUCGGGCACCUCGACCGGGACCCGACGGCCGUCUUCAAGGGGUCGCUCUCGGCGCGCGUCGCCGUCGACUUUUGCGACGGGGGCGCCGUCUUCGAGCUGGCGGUCGCCGUCGCGCACCUGCCCGCGCACGAGGGGAAGUUGCUCCGGCGCGUCGAGGCGCUGGGCACGCUCGGCGCGCGCCUCGCGGCCGAGGGGGGCCUGUUCAACGGCGCGGACGCGGCGUGCUUCUUCGGGGACCUCAACUUCCGCCUCGACCCGCGGCUCGGCGCGGACGCCGUCGCCGCGGCCGCGGACGUCGCGCUCGGCGGGCCGCCGGCGCCGGGCGGGAGGCCCAGGUCGGUCAAGUACUCGGCGGCGGACUGGCGGGCCAUCGCGGAUUACGCGCACGACGCCGCGGCGCUCCGGCCCUUCGACGAGCUGCGGCGCGUGCUCGACGACGUCGCCGCGCGGGCGCCGGCGCCGGCGGCCGCGGGCGUGCCGCCGCGCAUCCUCGCGCGGGGCUGGCGCGACGCGCCGCCGGCCUUCUCGCCGACCUUCAAGGUCCGGCGCAGGGCCGGCGUCGACUACGUCGAGAAGCGGCUCCCGGCCUUCACGGACCGCGUCCUCUUCGCCGGCGCGCUCGACCUCGCGGACUACGCCGCCGCGCCCGAGGUCUCCACGUCCGACCACAAGCCCACGCGCGCGGAGUUCCGCGUGACGAGCUAA